AGGCCGCCCAUUGCUACAUUCAUGCCGCUGCCUUAGUUGCAGAAUAUUUAAAGAGGAAAGGUAUUAAAUAUAAGUACAGGUAAUAGGACGAUUUCGAGUGCAAUUUGGAUAAAACAUGCACGAGUAAGUUUUUCAAAGAGCAUCAAAAAUGUUUGAGGUCUUUGAAAAACUCACGAGUGCUUGUUUCAAUCCAAAUUUUACGAGAAACCAUUCUAUUACGGAUUAAUAAUAUCCAUGAAAAUGUUCGAGACAAUUGUAGUUUUAACUUACAUUUAUAGCGAACCGUCCGCUGACAACGUUGUCCUCCUUUGUUACACGGCAAAAAACGCCGAGACCGUUGCUCAACAGGACUGAACAAUGUUUUGCUGCCCACGUUGUUCGCACUUGUCAACAAUAUUGAACAAUGCUGUUGAGCCUGAAUCGGGUGUAACAAUAUUGUUCAAUGUUGUUGACAGCUAUGAACAAUGUGGGCAGCAAAACAUUGUUCAAUCCUGUUUUCAUCAGUAUUGCAUCAACCUGAGCGUUUUUUGCCGUGUAUAAUUGACUUCUAUAAAAGAGGUGGAAAAUGUUUUUUACUUUUUGGGAACUUGGGUUUAGGGCUCAAACUUUUCUGCAAAAGAUAACAAUAAGUAGGAAAAAAAUUGUUGUUUGUGACUGUCUUAAAGUCAUUGUAGUUACAGUCUUACAAGAUUAAAAACAAAUUUCCUAUAUGAAUAUUUUUUAUGAAACUUUCUCCUGUACAUUAGGUAUCGAGUUAGUCGAUUAAUUAAGAAUACUCAAUCAUUUCAAUAAUUAGGUAUUUAGUAUUUUGGAUAUUCAGUAAGUCAUUUUCAGAAUUAGCUACCAAACAUAAAAAAUAUGUGCGAAAAUUUCUGAAAAAAUGUAGAUCCAUAAAAUAUUAUGGCAAGGUUCCAAUACUUUUUCCGACUCCUGCUCUUUAUGGUCAAAGCGACGUACGUACGUUAGGGUGGAUUGAAAAGAUCGUUACUUGGCCACCUGGCCUUUUAUCGAACAUUCGUAGAAAACUGUGUUUUGUUUCUUUUUAAUAAUUUCACGUUGUAUGACUUUUGAAGGAACAUAUCCUGAAGGAUGUGAAGCAUUUCGUAAUGUCUCUCCAAACAUUGUGCCAGAUGAAAGUGUGAUGAAAAAUGAUGAAGGAUUAGUGAAUGAACAAAGAUAUACUACUGUAAGAUUAUUGUUUUAAAAUUUAUAUUUUAUUUAAAUGAGAGGAGAAUUUUUGCCGAGAUUUUGGCCGGCGUAUUUUGGCAUGAUCGGCGUAUUUUGGCAUGUUUGGUCAAUUUUGAUCUAGCAUUUGGUAGGUAUGACAUGCGACGAAAGCGACGCCAUACUUACCAGAUGCUAGCCGCCGAAAAUGGACCAAUGCUGCCAAAGCCAGCCGAGUAAAGGUUCUAGGCAUAGAUAUCUUGUAUACACUAGAUAGUGCAUCUAAUUAUUCUGCAAUUCAAAAAUUGAAGCCGUGAUUGCAGGCUCAGGGUAUUCCCAUGAAAUGAGAAGAUUCGUUUGUUUUCUAUUUCUUAAACAGGGAACUUAAACACUAAGUUAAACCUAUUCCAAAUAGAUUUUUAAACUAUUCAAAUGAUGAAAGUUAUUGUUGUUUUUUAAACGUUUAUUAGCGAGUGGGAACUACCAACCUGGCCGCCAUCUAUUCAAAUGAGGGUAACCGCUGGAAUAUUCUUGGCUUCAUUUUACUAAAGGAGAUGCGCUAUCUAGUGUAUAUAAGAUAUCUAUGGUUCUAGGCUGGGCCCUUGACAUAAAUCUUAUACUAUAAAAUAAAACCAUAAGCCAAUAGAAUGAGUAACAGGUUGAUCUCAAAACAAUGAAAAGACAAUGGAACAUUGGAUCAUGACUGGAAGGCAUGACUGGAUAUUAUUAUGCUAGGUGUUAUGCAAAGAGCCAAAAUAGCAAUAUCUUUUAAGAUUUUCAUAUACUUACCGUCAACGUUUUGGAGUAGGUCUCUAAUUUUGAUAUGGCAACUGUGUGACGUCAUUAAUACGACUGUAGUAUACCGUAUAUGAUAAUAUGACUAUUAUCUUGAUUAUUAAAAUUUGGUACUGGUUUUUAUAGAACAAUCUUGUAGAGUUGCUAGAGAAAAGUGCAGAUCUCCUGGCCCAGGCAGAACGCUAUGAAGUGACUGGAGAAAUUUAUAAACUAGUUAUUCCUGUUUACGAACAGGACAGAAAUUUUAACGUAAGUUUGAAUGAUAUAUUGCAAUUUUUGAAAGUAAAGAACACCGUUUAUCUGUACAGUUUUAUUUUGCCACAACCUGGAUAAUCGAAGCCAAGGUUUCUCUCGUAAUCUAAUACUCAACCAACUAAGCUAACUAGUAAUGGCGCUUUAAACUUGUUUUAUGACUUUUAUCUAAUUAGAGCGCACAAAUAUAUAUUGUUGGGACGUAGUAGUGGAGAGUUUAAACAUACUUAAGACAGAGAUGUACUAUUCAGAAGUGUCACACGGCUUGAAAUGCCAGCCCUGUAUACAAAACGUAAAAGUUUGUAUUUGCCCUCGUCAAUAGAGUCUGAAGGACGUAUGAAACUACUUUUUUAUAUCUCUGAGGAUGGUUCUGUAAUGGAAUUGAAACAUUGCGCAUGCGCGUCCUCCAAGACAACCGUUAGUUAAGUCGUCGCUAAAAUAUUUCCUGUACUUAAAUUGGAUAAGACUCGCGACCAAUCCCUGUUGAUGAUGGACUAGAUACUCGAAGAUGCGAGUUCGAAUCCCGCUCGAGACAAUGAAUUUUUCGUGCUAGUCUGCUGUAUCAGAAUAAUAUGAAACUAGUUUUUCAUAUCUCUGAGGAUGGUUCUGAAAUAGAACGUCCAAUCGGUCUGAAAAUCACUAUUUUAUUGACAUGUACUUUCAUUUCCUUCCAUUUUAUUCAUUUAUUUUGUACAGCUGACAUGCAGCCGUCAUCCUGAUUUGUCGUUUCCACUCUUUGAGGACUUGCAAUCCUAUUGUAGGGUUAUAAGUAGAAAAUAAAAUUUUAAAAUCGUAUUUUCACCAGGCAUUAUCAGUUGCUUACAACAACCUAUCUCAAGCAUAUUCCAAAGUUGUUGCAGCUAUGGCAUCUCGUAAAAGAUUGCUUGGAUCUUAUUUCCGAGUGGCAUUUUUUGGGGAGGUAAGUCUGCUAGAUAAUACUGCACAUGUAACCACAUGAAAUAUAUACUGUACCGAUACAUAAACCAUGAUUCAUAUAUUCCGAUCCAUAUAGGCCCUGAAAAAUACAAUUUUAUUCCACUGCAGAUAAUGAACAGAUCCGAGGUUAUGGAUUGCAAGUUUUGCCAAUAUUUUAAUAUAUUUACGUAUAGUGUCUGUGUCUCCCGUCUCGACGUACGUGGAACGUAAUACUGUAGUUACUGUACGUAUUACAAACGUUUGAUAGAAAUUCGCGUUGUGAGACAAGCUGUUGAGAAUUGGAUUGAAAAUUCCAUUGAACAGCUGUUAGUAUUUAACAAUUAUUCGCCGAAGGCGAGGUGAUUAUCGGGGAAUAUUCGCCGAGACCGAAGUCGGGGUGAAUAUUCCCCGAUAAUCACCGAGCCUGAGGCGAAUAAUUGUUUUGGUAUUUUUACACAAGUCUUUUGUGUUUUUUUGGGACUGAAUUUAUUUUAAUUUCGCUUAUUUCUUUAUCAGUAACUUCCACAAAACGGCUUGGCGGCCAUUUUGAAAAUUUUGUUUUGUUAUAUUCGCCUGUAUAGGUGAAUAUAACAGCUUUUAAAAUACGUCAACUUGUAUGAUUUGUUCUGUUCACUUGACUAUAUCCAACUCCAAACCCAUGCAAAUCUCCAUGGUAAUAUCUUUUAAUAAAAAUGCUUGUAUAGCCGGCUCUGACAACCUUGAAGGCUUCUCGUAGUUGCUAUUUUUGGCCUUCAUUAUGCACAUACGCAGUUAAACUAUCUUAAAAUUUAAACUUUAGUAUAAACAAAGUGUUCUACUGACAUGCAGCUUUUAAGUUAAAACGAUAAGAUAGGUUGAAACUACGAAACUAUUUUCGUCUAUGUAGGAUUUUGGUUCUGACAAUCGAAAACAGUUUAUCUAUAAAGAACCGAAGGUGAUGAGCUUAAGUGAGAUUUCAUUGAGACUAGAGAAACUUUAUAGCGUCAAGUUUGGAGGAGAUAAAGUGAAACUGAUUCUUGAAUCUGCCAAGGUAGGAUUGAUGAAGUAUAUCACACACGAGAAAGAGGUCUUUUUGUCACUUUCUGAAGCUCGUUAAUAGUUAAUAUGCUAUACCUCAUGUGAAGAUCUUCCUACUUACAAUUUUUGACUUUAUACAAGAAAUAUAUUAGUAUAAUUUGUGCAUUGCAAAUGUCAAAUGAGCUUUCGCGACUUCUGAUUGGUCACUUGAGGCAUUAAUAUAUACAUAUUUGUUAUAUAGUUAGUGUCAAAAGUUCAAUUUUUCUGUUUGCCGAUUGGUCAAAACCGUAUCACGUGCCGGUCCACAAAACGUCACGUUCACUGCAUGCUUUGGCGAGAAGGCCAGCCGGUCAACAAUGAAACAUUUAUUGACCGGUCAACAAUAGAAUGGGUGCAAUACGCAUGCGCGUCAACCAUGAAGUUCCAAAGUUCAUUUUUCAGUUAAACUUUUUAUUAUUAAACAUUUACGGCGUUCCAUUUAUCCAGUUUUGGUUUCAAAUUAAGUUCACUCCAAUAACCGGUGAAUUAUUCAUACUUUGACACUUAUAUAUUAUAUAACAAAACCUCUGGAAAGCCGUGUGUUUACUGGUGUUGGUGUUCCCCAGUAACUAUAUAUUGUUUUAUAAAUAUUCGUUUUCCACUCAUAUUCACAAAUGGUAUGUAGCAGAGAGAUGAAUCUCCCAGAAAUAGUUAUGACAGACUUGUUAAUCUACUCCCCCCGUGGGAUGAUCCUAGAUCCACACUUGCCUUACUUAAUUUCAUGUCUUAGUUGAUUCAUGUGUGCCAUGUCAUUAGUUGAUUCAUGUGUACCAUGUCUUUAUUUGAUCUGUAGGUGAACGUUGAGAAGCUAGAAAGUGGUAUAAAUUACAUUCAGGUAAACUUGGACACCUGUAUCGAACUCUACCAUAACACAAAAUUUGAAUAACUAAAAGAAACACAAGACAUGUAUUUGUACACAAUCCUUCCUUUUAUAAUCUUCAAUGUAAUAUCAAGCAUUUCUUGCGCAAAACGUAUCUUUUAGCCCAUCUUAAUCAUCAUCUUAGUCCGAAACAUAUCUGGGUCAACCCGAUAAUGAAAUAAAACUACCUAUAUACAAUAUGGUCUUUGUUUUUCUUAGAUAACAUAUGUUGAGCAUUAUUUUGAAGAAGAUGAACUAACUGAACGGCCAACUGUGUUUGAAAGAAAUAAUAAUAUUCGAAGAUUUUCAUUUGAAACACCGUUCACUAAAACUGGCAAAAGUCAUGGAUCUCUAGUGGAACAACUCAAGAGAAAGACAAUACUGACAAGUACGAAAAACGUUUUGUCAACUAUUUGAGUAUUCACCAGAGCUUCGUAUACACUGCAUGUACAUACACUAUCAGGAAAUACGAGCAAGUUCAUUCUAUUACGUCAUAUAAUCCUGUCCCCACACCAAGCUCAGUUCCUAUGUACUAUAGACAAACUGUUGUUUGCGGAGGUUUAGUAAAUACUUCUUUUUCAACAGCAUCUCAUUGUUUCCCAUACGUCAAAACACGAAUCUUGGUUGUGCAGGAAGAACAGUACGAACUUACUCCGAUUGAGGUUGGUAACAGGCUACACGCAGUUUUACACUUGUAGUUCCUUUAUCCAGCUUUAUUAUCUAUGCUUUAUCUAUAGUGUGUAUCAAAAAAGGUAAUCCAACUUAGAUGGAGGGUUUUUACUUUUAUAUAGACGGAAAUUAUCGAGUGGAACUUCUAUAUACAUUUAUUAAACUCGAUAAUUUCCAUCUACAAAACGCUCCAUCUAUUAUUCAAUCGAGUGAGAUGCCAACAAAAUCUUAAUCAUCCAACUUUAGCAUGUUUGCGUGCGUAGAUACUGCGUUUAUCGAUAACAUUUUUACACAGCCACCAAAUUCAUACUUUUAGUUGUCGAAUGAUACUUUUUGUAUCAUUUUAAAGGGAAAUAACUAAAUACUAAUAUACUAAUAUUUUGCUUGUGAUGUUAUUCUGAGUGUAUAUCCACACCGGGCAAGUUUGAAAAAAAUACCUGGCCACGGUGGGAAUCGAACCUACGACCUUUGGAUGCUAUAAUAUCAUACUAAUAUUUAUACUAAAGUUAUAUAUUUCAAGCCCUCUUAUACUUACAUUAAAUAAUAUGAGUGCAAAUAGGUUUUGUGUUCAAAGUACAAGUAUUUUAGAGAAUUUCAUUGUUUUAUUCUGUUAAAGGUUGCGAUUGAUGAAAUGUGCAAGAAGGUGCAAGAAAUUACUGAGGUAACGAUGUCGAACCCCCCUGAUAUGAAGAAAUUACAACUAAAACUACAAGGAAGUGUUGGUACACAGGUAUGCACGUUAAAUCCUGUACGGGGAGGGAGGAUGAUUUUCAUGCUAGUACGGUUAAACUAUGUAGCACGUCAAUAGAGUAAAUGAGGAAAGAAACUCGAUUGGAAUCCAUGGGAACUAAUUGUUUGUCAUUGCGUUAACAUGUUUUUCGUCAAAUCAACUUUCAUUACCCCUCCGUAAUCUCACAAUAAUGGAUUUUGACCAUAUUUUGCAUCAAUCCAUUAAAUUGACACAGGUACUGAGUUGCAUUUCCAUCGAGUUUCCAAACUUUCUUUCGUUCAUUGUCUAUGUAUUGCAGGAUAAAAUUCUUGUGUGGUAAUUUAAGCGUGCUAAAACAGCUAAAAGUUAGUUACCUUUACCAUACUUUCAUUGCUAGGUAAAUGCUGGUCCAUUGGCGUAUGCUAAAGCUUUCCUUCAUGAAAAAGUUGUUCGUGACCAUCCUCCAAAACUUGUCUCGAAACUUAAAGUCGUAUACAGGUAACGAUUAUCUUUUGUAGUUGUACUUGCAUGCAAAUCUGUGUGUUCUCAACACAUCUCUACAUUUCAUUGUGGGUAUAGUAUUUAUACAUAGUUAAGCCUCCAAGCUCCCGUGGUUUGUAUUUGUACUACCUAGAAUAAUUAAAAACACCUAAAGUUUUGAGCGAAUGCCAUUCGUUAGGACUAGUUACUAAAGAAAAUCCUUCGCUCAAAAUUGACGUAAUAUUUUAUCAUCACUACCAUGAUAUAAGACUGCAUCCCGGUAUAUCUCUUGCCAGUGAAGACGUUUGUCAAAGAUGGAUUCCCUUAUUUCGUAGGAUUCAAUAUUAUCGUAUAACAUAAACCUGAUCUCAUAAUAAUCACACAAGCUAUUGUUUACCAUGACAGAAAAACUAGGUGCAUAUUCGAAGCCCUGAAUAGCCUUUCUCCAAUAUAUUAAAUAUCACAGCAUGCAUCUCUUCGCCAGUUUGCUUCAAAAAUCAAUAUUUGGUUGAUUGAUUCCUUAAAUUCUCGGCAUCAAUGCAAUUGUCGCAAAAAAGGGCAUUUAUGCAAUGGUCGCAAUAUGUAACACAUUAAAAGUAGUUUACAUACAUUUUAAAUACAACGUUUUGUUAUUUAGAGAUUUUAUCCGUUGUUGUGGUGCAGCUCUUGAUCUGAAUGACCAACUUAUUCAAGAUGAUCAAAAAAUGUACCAAGAAGAUUUGAAAGAUAAAUACUCCUCUAUGAGGCACGAGUUAGCCUCGUAUAUUGAUUUAGUAAGUUUUAAGUAUCCUACUUGGCCGAAGCUCUUAUAUUGGCUUCAAUUGUUUCAUAACGUUCACAGCAAACAGGUAUAAAAUCCAACAUUUAGGUUUACGUAGCCUACGGCGUAGACCCCGGCAGAAACCGUAGACUAGGUUUACGUGAAUGAAUACAUUCUCCGAAAACAUGACCCAAUCUGUGUACUCCAGUAUUCAUAUGCCGGGAUGCCAGAGGUUUUUCCACGCACGCAAAAAAUAACUCAAACGAACGUCAAAUAGCAACUUGACUAGCAAGUAGGCUUUAUAUUUGGACCAACGUCUGGCAACAUGCAGGAUAGUAUUCAUCAGGGGUGAUCUAAAGUUGCUGCGUGUCCCCUUGUGUACAGGAGGGAUGAUGUCACCGCUCAACAAGUGAAGAUACCCUUGUGAAUGAUGGCUACCAUGAUACCAUCAUCUCAGAAACUUAUGGAAAUCGAGAGAGUUGGAACACACAGCUAUAUAAAUACGACGUUUCCUAUGUUUUUUAACAUUUUUUUCUUUAUUUUAGAACCUAGCCGCUUCCAGCUGUAGUAUAUCAUCCAUUGGUUCGUCCAAAGCAUAGUAUCGGCUCAAGCUAAGUUAAUUAAUAGAUAGAACUAGCGAGGUAUUCUUUGAAACAACUGGAAACGCGACAAAUUACAUUGAACAGUAUUUUAUUUAGACCUAGAAGGUUACCCAUAUAGGUGUUUUAAUGUGUGUAAGAUGGAGCAGUGGUCGUUAUUUCUUCGUUGUGCAUGCAAUGCAUAGAUGAAAACGUCGUAUUUGUGCGUCUUCAAAUGAUAAGACAUGCAGAAUAAAAUGGUAUUAUAGUUAUUGAUUAGAUAUUAUUUCCAGGCACUUUCAUUGAAAUACCCAAACCCCCAAGUAUUUUUAUUUGUCAUUAAUUAUUUAUUAGAUUAAUUAGAUUAAUUUUAAUCCAAAUAAGCUCUUUGCAGUUGGCGUGAAAACACUUCGCAUAACAAUAUCUGGAGGGCAAGAAAAGAAAACUGCUUUGCUUUACUCCUUUGUUCACAAACCCCCCAGCUCUUCAUAUGCUCUCCAGUCACUUAUUGUUCUCAACUAUUUUCUGUUAACUGCAAAGAGGCUGUUGUGGUAAUAUAACUGCCUCGUACCCAGGCGUUUUGGUAGCGCCUGGGUACGGGACAGGUAAUAUAAUUUUACCUGACAUUAGGUAAAUCAGUCGUGAUAAUCUAGAUAUUUUAAUUUGCACAGUUGUAUUUUAAGUACAUAAAUGCUAAUAAUAAUAGCUAAUUAGACAAUCUGUUAGUCGAGAUACUAAGUAAGGUGGUUUAUAUAUACGUAAGAAAAAGUCUCGCGAACCCCCCUCCCACAAUAAUAAUAAUUUUAGCGCAUCUCUAAAACUAAAAUGUAAAAUAACCGUUUGUUGUUAGCUUGCGUUAGCCGAAGAUCUGAACUUCACUAUAGCACAGAGCUACGAACUUUCGUUUUUUCUUACGUAUAAAUAAUCGAAUUUUUGUUAAUGUUAUAAAUAGUAAUAUAAAAGUAGUACAUUUUAUGUGAAAUUUAUUGAAAACUUUAACUGUCACAGUGAAAGUUUAACAUGUGAUCCAAAUGUGUUGCUUUUCUAUCUCUUAUAAAGUAAGUUCAAAGGUUCGUGCAAUGUCUUGUCUGAAGAAUCCGUUUAAUAAUUAACAAUUAUUCGCCGAAGGCGAGGUGAUUAUCGGGGAAUAUUCGCCUAGACGAAGUCGAGAUGAAUAUUCCCCGAUAAUCACCGAGCCUGAGGCGAAUAAUUGUUUUAGUAUUUUUACAUAAGCCUUUGUGUUUUUGGGACUGAAUAUAUAUUUUAAUUUCGCUUAUUUCUUUAUCAGUAUAACGUCCACAAAACGGCUAGCCGUCAUUUUGAAAAUUUCGGUUUUGUUAUGUUCA